AUUUCCAGAUAGGACCGAUGCAAAGUUUUGCACAUAUCCUUUAGUCUAUGCAUGCACCGCAGUGUAUCUACAUUUAGCAAAGAAAAUCUGCAGGAUUACAAGGUUCCUCAACAGGAUAGCUUACGUAACAUUAUCAAGAUUGACGUAAUGCAGAGUCUAAGACGGGGUUUGAACCAGCCGCUAGAGUCCUGGGAUGGAAUUAAAAAUUGUCUCAUUGAGGUCAUCAAUACAGACAAGGACAUAGAACGAGAAUUCUUUGCCUUAUCCACUGCUAAACUGGGACAAGAAGUCAAGAAUGGAGAACAAUUUUUCCAGACCCUUGAAAAUAGUUUUGGGGAACAUUUUCAUGUAGUCGAAUUCCUCAUCAAUCUGACCGAAGAAGUUAGUCUUCAUGUUGAUGAUGGUUCAACUAAAGUCGCCGACGAUCUUCGCCAAUACAUAGAUAAAUUGAAAGAAUAUGACAUUAAAUUGAGUGAAAAAUGCAUAUAGUAUAUAUAUUUGUUCCCCACAAGGUCCAGAGGGUGAAGCGUCCGGGUUUAUAUUGGAGUCCGGAUGAACGAGACUCCAUUGUAUAUCUUUAUAUUCUAGUUCGCAAAUACAUGUUCUACCCAAACUACAAAUACAUAUAUAAAUCUGCAUGUAACUGUGUAGCUACAAAUUAUUCUAGUCAUUGAUAUUGAAGAGACGUAAUUUGUGCAUCUGGUGCAUCAAAAUUGGUACCGUGUAUGAUUUACAUUAUGACCCCUGGGUCGAGGCCUCUGCUGGUGGACUGUUUGUCCCCUAGCAUCUCUACAGCCCAGUAGCCUAGUACUUCGGUACUAGUUUAAAAAUACGGAUAUAAAUUCAAUUACUGUGAUAAAAAUUAAAAAUUUAUUUCAAAAUUAAGGAUUAUCUCCCUCAUGCAUAGCUCUAAUCCUUCGACGUAUAUGGCUCCAGUCUUUGGCACUUUUUUCAGCUCUUCAAAGUCUUUUUUAUUUAAAUAUAUUGGAUUUCCAACCUUUCGGCAUGAGCAUCACUGAAGAGACGUAAUUUGUCGAAAUGCGCAUCUGGUGCAUCAAAAUUGGUACCGUACUGAUUUACUGAUACAGUACAUGAUUUACAUUAGUAUCAAACGUAUGUGAUAUCAAUCUGAAUUUUUUCUUCAGGACUUCUAAUAUGCGGUAUGGGUGGGAUGGGAAAAACAAGUUUGGCGGUGGAGGUAUGUCGUCGUCUCUACAUGGAAGACAAAUGGAAUGUGUUUAAAGUAGAUUUAAGAGAAGAGACAACUCUUCGCGAUUUAAUACGCAACACAUUGACCAAAUUUGGAGAGAGGUUGCCAUUUUUAUCCAUGGAUCACACGGCAGACGAUGAAAUAGGGGAUAACGAUUUGAGGCAUUUACAGAAAUUGGUUAUAAAGAGAUUUAAUGAAGAAAAAUCGGAUACUGUCUUGUUUUUGGACAACAUUGAUGGUAUUUUAUAAAAGGACAGAGAAAGAUUUUUUCAUUUUGCUCAGCAGCUAUUGCAGACGUUGAAUACCAGUUUUGGCGAGGAUAACCUAUUUCCGUCAAAAAUGAGGAUUAUUUUCACAGCAAGACAGAAACUGAUGACGAGUAAGGCUGUUGGUUUGCGCAGAGGAUUGAUUCAAGAAGUUGAAAUCAAAGGUUUGGAUAACGAAGCAGCUGUUGAAUUAUUUACAAUGUCCAACGGAGAAGAGACUAAUACUGAUACGGUGAGAAAAAUUGUUGCUUUCUGUGGAAACUGUCCUUGGCUAUUUUAUCGUUGUGUAACAGCCUUCGAAACUCUGAAAUGACACCAGAGAAGUUAUUAAUCAACCUCCAAAUGACCCAAAAUGAUGCAGGAGGAUUUGAAUGUUUUGGAAUUGAGUCUUGCUUGAAACAAUCUUUCUGUCUUCUGAAUAAAAAACUUCAAGAAUUUUUAAUCAAGUUAUCAGUAUUUCGUACAGCCCAGUUUGACAUCCAUGCAGCAGUUGCAAUUGCAGGUAGAAGCCAAAACAGUGGAAAGGCAGCAACAGCUCUUGAUCUAGUGCAUCUCAAAAGCCGACAUUUUGUUGAAGUUACUGUGGAAGAAUUUUCGAUGGGACGGUCUAAAGCUUACUCUUUACAUCCGUUAGUUGUUCAGUUCCUGAUUAAGGAAACUGCAAGUAUGGGUGCAAACGAUGAUCUCAUCAAGGAGGCAAGAAGUAGAUUUAUCGAACAUUUUGAUGGAGUGGUUCAGUCCAUAGCUUUGGAUCUUCAUAAGCACCCAAUGGAAUCCCAAAGAAAGCUCAUUCAAAACAAAACUCACAUUCAAAGUUUCUUCACCUACGUGAUUAACUCUGAAGGAAAACUGAGGCAGACAUGCGUCGAUUCACCAAGUGUGAUGAGUGCAAAUCGAAGAGACGAAUUAUGUUCUGUCAUUUUGAGUGAUCACGAUCGCAAUGAGUAAUAUGAUCGAUAUAUAGAGUAUGCAAAGGAAAAUGGGUUAAUUUUGGAUGAGAUAUAUUACAAAACAACAAAAGCAAGAUUAUUCUUUGAUAUUGAUAGAUUUGAUGAAUGUGAGAAGCUUUUAAAUGAGACAGAGGACCUCGUGAACAGAGAAAACUCUCUGGAUGAAGGGACCAAAUCCCCUGUACUAGGAUCGUAUUACUGGAUGAAAGGCAGAUUCCACAACGCUAGAACUUAUUACAAGAAUGCUUUAGCGAUGUUUGAAAAGUCUUUAUCAUUCUAUCAAAAAGAACCAGAACUAUUUGAAACGGACGUUGCAAACAUACACAAUUCUAUAGGAGUCCUUUACUACAAUCAGAAGGAAUUUGAAAAGUCUGAAUCCUGCCAUAGACAAGCGCUAGAGAUGACAUUGGGGCAGGAGGGAGUUGAUGCUGAGGGAAUCAAUAUUCAAGUUUAUUAUACUAACAUUGCAACUGCUCUUGUAGCGCAAUGGCAAAAGCUAUCAAAAUCAAGCAGUCUUGAAGAAUCACACCGCCAACUCUUAAACCAAGCUGAGGAGUAUUAUACUCUUGCGAUCUACUACGACCCUAAAGCAUCAGAAAGUCGUGCGAAGAAACUGACCAAUCGUGGGAAAUUGUACCUCAGAAUGGAGAGGUACGAUGAAGCCGAGCAAGACUUUCUAGAAAGUCUACAGGUCAGGAAAGAUACUUUAGUCCCUCCUAAUAUAAACCUUACACAUGCGUACCACAACGUCGAUAUGUUUUAUUUCAGGAAAGGAAUAAACCCAAAAACAAUGAACAAGGUGGAUUGCCUCCUACGAGCAGUAGACUUCUAUGAAGAAGUGAAGUUUCAGAUUGAGAGAGGUGGGAUGACUGCUGAAGACACAGCAUAUAAAGACAUUGUUAAAACCCAUAAAUUGGCACUAAAGGCCAUUAAUGAUGACCGCAGACUUGAACAAGCAAAACAGUUUUAUCAAAGUUUUGAAUCUGGUUUAUUUGACAAGAAAAUUCGAAAAUGGAAGAGUAUUGAUAAAACCAUGACAAAAAGUGAGCGAUUGGCAUCGACAGGAAAAAUCUUUGACAAUGAUUCUGAAUCGAACCACUCUGACUCAGAGGCUGAGACAAGUUCUGACAGUUCUUCUGAUCGGAACUCUUCUGUCGAAAUCACGGACGAAGAAGACGGCGGUGACGUUUUGGAAGAGGAUUCCCAACCACAGAAUGGAAAAUCAGACGAUGAACAAGGAAACAUGGAAUUCCUAUCUUCCACUCAGAAGGAUCUCAUUCAGAAUGUUGAAAUGGAAAAAAUGGGGCGAGACAAGCUGGACAGUGGAAUCGGAAGUUUAACGUCGAGUUGUACUGGAUCAUCCAGCAAUACUGAUGACGUAGUUAAGAAAAGAAGAAGGCUUGUAUCCAUGCCUUCGGGUUCUCUGGAAGAUAAUGUUUUUACAAAAUUUGAAAAUCCGUCUUCAGAGUAACUUGUUUAUGUCAAAUGACAGGAUAUAUACAAAAGGAAAUAAUUUCAAAAAUACUUUAUUGUCCUAUAGCUUUUCAUUGUCUGCAGAAAUAACCUUUAUAUUGUUGAAUUCUAGUAGUGAAUAUUAUGAUAUUGAGUUCAACUUUAUUCCAAGAUAUUGUGUUUGAUAUUUGUGUAAAUCAAAAGGUUUAUUCAUUGAACGGAGCAACUGCAUCACUCAUCCUUUGUUAUUAUACAAAGUUUUAGGCUUCUUACGGAAAUGAUUCCAGAUGUAUUUUGUUCAGUAGUUCUUCGGCCGUUGUCCUGCCCGAUUUUGACCUUUUUUCGUCGGCCGACCAAUUUUGUAUCCGUCGGGCAAAGUUAGGAUUUCUGCGUCGGUGGCUGAUUUCUUCAAUUGAAGCAGUCAUUGAAAAGUCCGUCAACCAACCCUCGAUCAUCGUCCGACCAUCGGCAGACAGUUUAUCAAUUAAGUCGGUCGGUCGACAUUUAAGUACUGGGUUUUCCACAAUGUCGGCCAACUGUGAAAAUCAAAUUGCGGCACAGCGCUGGAUGACGGGGCGACGAUUAUCCGACUUAUAAAUAUUUAAACUUUUAAAGUCAUCGGUGUUCCUAGAAAUUGAUAUGACUGCUUCGCGUCGCCCGAUACCAGUGUUGGCCGAUCAAUUUUUUUUUUUCUUCAACCGACUAUACGAAAAAAAUUGGUUGCCCGACCAUCGAUUUGAAUGUGAUUCAGGUAUUAGGAAAACCGACUCAAUUCUUCUUUUUUUUUCUACUGGAAUAUUGGGGUCAUGAACACUAGUAUUCAAAUAUUUAUCUCUCGCAAAAGGAUACAGUAAGAAUAAUAGAUACUGAUGGACUCGGAGGUUAUUUGUUUGAUAUUAAUUAUAUAAAUGUAUUUUUUGUUGUUUAGUCAUAUGGUUGGGUUUUCUGCCAAUACGUCUAGUACUUUCAUUUAAAAAUAAGCAAAUGUUCAUUCUUUUGUGUGAGUUUUUGCAUGUAUUUUUAGAUAUCGUUAAAACGGCUGGUAUUUAUCUCAUUGAGGCUCAAAAAGUAAUUUGAUGUAAAGGGUAGUUUUUAUUCUAAGAAUAAAAAGGUUUUGUUUUGUGCAUUUUUCUUUUUUCAAGGUAUAAAUAUUUUAUUACCUAGCCACAUUUAGGGGUUAUUUUAACUAUUGAUAUUACUCCGAUCUCAAAUUAGAAAUCAAACCUUUCUUUUUGUGUUAUCUAGUUUACUAUAUUUUUCUCAUAAGUAAUGGCAGCAACGAUUACAAUCAUUCCAGUUCCAUUCACUGUAAUGUAUGUAUGAAAUACCUUUAAGUACAUCUACAAACAAAUAGUUAAUGUAUUUUUAUUCAUUUUUAUUAAAUUUUACACAAAAAGCUUUUUUGAGAAUAUUUUUUUGUCAUAUUUGAAUAUAUCAUCGAUUUACAUUGCAAAU